UUUAGAGGCAACCGGUGAAACUAGAACCCUGAGCGUGGUCGGUUGGAGCAAAUAUGUCUGCCCGGAGGCACAUUGGGAAUCCUGAGUAUCUGACCAAAAGGAUACCACAAAACCCAAGGUAUCAGCAUGUCAAGUCAAGACUGGACACCGGUAACAGUAUGACUAAAUACAUUGAGAAACUAGAAGAGAUCAAAAAAAAUUAUAGGUACAAAAAAGAUGAGCUCUUCAAGAGACUAAAAGUUACAACCUUUGCCCAGCUGGUCAUCCAGGUUGCUUCCUUGUCUGAUCAAACGCUUGAAGUGACGGCUGAGGAGAUUCAAAGGCUGGAAGACAAUGAUUCUGCGACUUCAGACCCUGAUGCUGAAGGCACUGCCAGGACCAAUGGGAAGGGGAGCCCCAGUGAGCAGUCGCCGAGCCCUGUCCAGUUCAUCAACAGCGUGGGAGCAGGGGACUCCAGUCGCUCGACGCUCCAAAGCGUCAUCAGUGGUGUUGGGGAACUGGAUCUAGACAAAGGGCUAGUGAAGAAAGCGGAGCCCAACACCAAAGACAAACCUUAUCCUGACUGCCCCUUCCUGCUGCUAGAUGUGCGCGAUAGAGAUUCUUACCAGCAGUGCCACAUUGUUGGAGCCUACAGUUACCCAAUUGCAACUCUGUCUAGAACAAUGAACCCUUAUUCAAAUGAUAUUCUUGAAUAUAAAAAUGCCCACGGCAAGAUCAUCAUUCUGUACGACGACGAUGAGAGGCUGGCCAGCCAGGCGGCCACCACCAUGUGCGAGCGGGGAUUUGAAAACCUCUUCAUGCUUUCAGGAGGUCUCAAAGUCUUAGCUCAGAAGUUCCCAGAAGGCCUGAUUACGGGUUCCCUGCCAGCGUCUUGCCAGCAAGCCCUUCCUCCUGGUUCUGCCCGGAAACGAUCCAGCCCCAAAGUGCCACCCCUGCCAGCUGAGAAUAAGUGGAGAUUUACCCCAGAAGAUCUAAAAAAGAUAGAAUAUUACCUGGAAGAGGAUCAGGGUCCUGCAGACAAUCCCAGCCGGCUGAGUCAAGCCAAUGCCUCCGGAAGAGACUCCAAGGUUCCAGGCAUCCGCAGCGGUCAGAACCUGCCCACCGGGGGCCCUGCCGGCCACCCAAACCCCCGCGCGCAAGGCAGCGGACACCUGCAAGGCAAACCAUGGAAGUAAAGACUUAGUCUGUCUUAGUCAAAUAAAUGUUUCUCUCCUUCCGGAACCCCUGAGCAGUUCCCCAGUUGGUCAUUUUCGGCAACUGCUGCAGAGGAAAGACCACGACGUGCGUGAUAGGCCCCCUUCCCUCUUCCUGUUUCCAGCCCCUCUCCCACGUCCGCUUCGGGAAGGCUCUGUACACAAACCAGAGGCAGAAAGGCUCCAGUGUCCUCUUAUUGUCUCCAAGAUGUUUACGUCUCUGAAACUGAGUAGGGAAAAAGAGCUCAUUUGGGGAGGGGAGAGGGGCUUUAAUGUUUUUAAUAAGGUCCAGCUUGUUUUGGUCUGUAUCCUGUUGUUUUGUAAGUACUUUGAUCACAUCUGGUGUGUUCUUCCCAGCCAGUUCUUUUUCACUCACGUUCUUGGUGUCGCGAAGGUUCUCCAGGUAGGCUUUGCGGCCUGAGAAGCUGGCCCUGGGGGUGCGGGUGAUUCUUCGCGUUCAGCCUCCCCAGAGCCCCCCAGGUGUGGGCCCACCAGCCACGGUGCUCUUCCCGGCCCACGAAACAGGCUCUGUCGUGAGUUUGGAGGCUGGUACCUGCGAGCAUCACUCAGUUUUAAGAUGCAGUAGAGCAGCUCUCACACCUCCUGAGUGGCCUCCUCCCAGAUGUUUCCUGGAGCCAGCACCGGUGAUGACAUGUGCUCAGCUGCCUUCCACGGGGCACGGCCCUCCCACAGCUCCGUCCACACACAGUGCCGUGGAGAACCACCAGGCCCCCGGAGCUGUCCCUCGUCAGUGUGUCAGUUAUGAAUUUCCAUGACCCAGCCCUGGUCCACCCACCUUAGAUGGGUAGAGAUUAUGGUCACUUGAAAACAUCAGCUUCGGGUGGGCCACUGAGGGCACACAGGUGAGGACGACUCCAUGGUCCUUUGUCAGAGCUGACAGCUCCUUAAGCCCUUGCUUGAAAUACAGUAUUAGUCUAAUUGAGUAAUUAGUGCAAUUUCCUACUUACUUUUCAUUCUCAUGACUG